CAAUUGUUUUGUGAUAGCCUUUAUCGAUCGUCUAUUUAUUCAUUCGAUCCGUUGUCGUGCAUAAUUAUUGACAGUAUAAUUUCAGGGACUUGCGGAUAUUUAUUAAUUAAUCGGCUAUAUAAACAGCUGACGCUUGUUGUAGGCCCAUCAGUAAUUUUAAGUAACGUUAAAAGGGUGGAGAAUGAAGUCUAUGCUUUUUAUGAAACCCAUACUUCAAUCAGUCUUGUACACAACAUUAUCUGAGUGGUCUAUGUGAAUGUGAGACAGCUGUCACUCAGCCAAAAGUGUCCUUGUCAACCAGUACAACUGUUGUUCCCCUCAGCAUUCUCGUUGUAUCUGUAUGUUGGAUUUGGUCCAAAAACGUAUCAGCUGACAUAACCUAUGCACUGAGACCUGCUAUUAUCCCUUUUCCCUAGAGAUGUCUUCUGCAGUGGCCAUGGAGGCCACCCGGAGGCGCCAGAGGCUCAGCUCUAACGGGGAGGCGUCUGAGACGACAGAGGAACCUGCAGGGCAGUGGGGAAGAGCAUGGGAGGUGGACUGGUUCUCUCUGAGCGCUGUGAUCCUGCUACUGUGCACAGCUCCCUUCCUGGUAUUCUUCUUCGUCAUGGUGUGUGACCAGUACCAGUGCUCGGUCAGCCAGCCCCUGGUGGAGCUCUACAGUGGAGAGGUCACCCUGCGCUCCAUCUGGGAAAAGGCCCCCUCCUUCACCUGGACCGCUGCUCAGAUCUACACCAUCUGGGUCUCCUUCCAGGUAGUGCUCUACAUGUGUGUUCCUGAUAUCACUCAUAAGUUCCUGCCUGGCUAUGCAGGUGGGGUUCAGGACGGAGCUCGCACCCCGGCAGGCCUCAUAAACAAGUAUGAGAUCAACGGUUUACAGUCGUGGCUGAUCACCCAUGCCCUGUGGUAUGCCAACGCUCAAUUCUUCCACUGGUUUUCCCCCACCAUAAUCUUCGACAACUGGAUCCCACUGCUGUGGUGCACCAACAUACUGGGCUAUGCUGUGUCCACCUUUGCCUUUGUCAAGGCCUACCUCUUCCCCACCAAUGCAGAGGACUGCAAAUUCACAGGCAACGUCUUCUAUAACUACAUGAUGGGCAUUGAGUUCAAUCCCCGCAUCGGCAAAUGGUUCGACUUCAAGCUCUUCUUCAACGGGAGACCUGGUAUUGUUGCCUGGACUCUAAUCAACCUCUCUUAUGCAGCCAAACAGCAGGAGCUCUAUGGCUAUGUGACCAACUCCAUGAUCCUGGUUAAUGUGCUGCAGGCAAUCUAUGUUCUCGACUUCUUCUGGAAUGAGGCAUGGUACCUGAAGACGAUUGACAUCUGCCAUGACCACUUUGGCUGGUACCUGGGCUGGGGGGACUGUGUGUGGCUGCCCUUCCUCUACACGCUGCAGGGCCUGUACCUGGUUUAUAACCCAGUCCAGCUCUCCACAGCCCAUGCUGCUGCUGUCCUCCUCUUGGGUCUGGUGGGUUACUACGUCUUCCGCUCCACCAACCACCAGAAGGACCUGUUCCGCCGUACCGAGGGGAAGUGCUCCAUCUGGGGCAAGAAGCCCACCUUCAUUGAGUGUGCCUACCGCUCGGGUGACGGCGGCCUUCACCACAGCAAGCUCAUGACCUCCGGCUUCUGGGGCGUGGCACGCCACCUCAACUACACGGGCGACCUGAUGGGUUCGCUGGCCUACUGUGCAGCCUGCGGCUUCGGCCACAUUCAUCCCUACUUCUACAUCGUCUACAUGACCAUCCUGCUGGUGCACCGCUGUGUGAGAGACGAGCAUCGCUGCAGCAGCAAGUACGGCAAAGACUGGAAGCGCUACACGGAUGCAGUUCCCUAUCGACUGCUGCCUGGGAUCUUCUAGAGUCGACACAGAGGUUGAAGGAAUCCCUGCAUCCUGAAAGAAGUUUAACAGAAGAAGGAGAUGUCUGUUAAAUGGACUGUUCACAUUCCGUGGGAAAGGGGAAGAUGUUGAUGACAUUUUGAGCAAAAUGUGUGCGUGCGCGUGUGUGUGACCGUGUGUGUGAAUGCAAUGGUGUCUUUGGAUGUCAAUGUGUGUUUCCAUGUUUCUCUGUCUGAAAAUACAUAGUGCUCAGAGUGAGAUCUUCACUUGUAGUCAGAAGAGUGCCAGCAUUGUGCUCUAAGAAGCAAUCCUCAGCUACUCUCAGAACUGCUUUCACCAGUGCCUAGGAGCAUUUCUCCGUAAAUAUUGGUACUAUGGUACAUAGAUGCUAUGAGAAACUCUGCAAAAUGGAUUUCUAAUUAAAAUCUGUAUUGAAGUGCACUGUAGUCUAUCAACGUGAACAUCACAUAACCAUGCAGUAGCACUUAGUUGCCGAUGGUAAAGUAAUUACAGCUACAAGUGAGCAAUAAUCUAGAUAUCUUUUGACAAUGCACUGUCGUUGACAAAUGUUUCUUCUACUUAGGGGUCAGCCCAGCAUUACAUGAAAUGCUAGCAGCAGACUAGUAUAUUAUGUUCAAGAAGCAGCUACACCUAUAAAAUGAUUGUUCCUGCUAAAAUUCAUUUUUCUUUAUGCCUGUCAAUAUGUUUGAGGUACCCCGUACCUGUUAUUUUAAAGUUUUGUGCUAAUAGUGCUUUUACUUUAGCCAACAGUCUUUUGAUUUCAGUUGUUUGCCUUUUUUUUUUUUUUACCUCAUCUGCCUUACCUCAAGUGAUAACUUAGAAAAGUAAAUAAACCUAACAUGGUGAAUACA